CGGUGCUGCCACCGCUGUCCGGUUACGCUGUCGUCGCCGCAGGCGCCGCCUGGGUCCCUUCGGCCGCUGUCUGUGCGAGGGGACUGCCUCCCCUGUUCCGGGCGCAGACACCAUGUACGGAUUUGUGAAUCACGCCCUGGAGCUGCUGGUAAUCCGCAAUUACGGCCUCGAGGUGUGGGAAGACAUCAAAAAAGAGGCACAGUUAGAUGAAGAAGGACAGUUUCUUGUCAGAAUAAUAUAUGAUGAUUCCAAAACUUAUGAUUUGGUUGCUGCAGCAAGCAAAGUUCUCAAUCUCAAUGCUGGAGAAAUCCUCCAAAUGUUUGGAAAGAUGUUUUUUGUCUUUUGUCAAGAAUCCGGUUAUGAUACAAUCCUGCGUGUCCUGGGAUCUAAUGUCAGAGAAUUUCUACAGAACCUUGACGCUCUGCAUGACCACCUUGCUACUAUCUACCCAGGUAUGCGUGCACCUUCCUUUAGGUGCACGGAUGCAGAAAAGGGCAAAGGACUCAUUCUGCACUACUAUUCAGAGAGAGAAGGACUUCAGGAUAUUGUCAUCGGCAUCAUUAAAACCGUAGCUCAACAAAUACAUGGCACUGAAAUAGACAUGAAGGUUAUUCAACAAAGAAAUGAAGAAUGUGACCAUACUCAAUUUUUAAUUGAAGAAAAAGAGUCAAAAGAAGAGGAUUUGUAUGAAGAUCUUGACAGAUUUGAAGAAAAUGGUACCCAGGAGUCACGCAUCAGCCCAUAUACCUUCUGCAAAGCUUUUCCUUUUCAUAUCAUAUUUGACCGGGACCUAGUGGUCACGCAGUGUGGCAAUGCCAUUUACAGAGUGCUCCCUCAGCUUCAGCCUGGAAAUUGCAGCCUUCUGUCUGUCUUCUCUCUGGUUCGUCCUCAUAUUGACAUUAGUUUCCAUGGGAUUCUCUCACACAUCAAUACAGUUUUUGUAUUGAGAAGCAAGGAAGGAUUGUUGGAUGUAGAGAAAUUAGAAUGUGAAGAUGAACUGACUGGGACUGAGAUCAGCUGCCUGCGUCUCAAGGGUCAAAUGAUCUACUUACCAGAAGCAGAUAGCAUACUUUUUCUGUGCUCACCAAGUGUGAUGAACCUGGAUGAUUUGACAAGGAGAGGUCUGUAUUUGAGUGACAUCCCUCUGCAUGAUGCCACUCGAGAUCUUGUCCUUCUGGGAGAACAAUUCCGAGAGGAAUACAAACUGACCCAGGAACUGGAAAUCCUCACAGACAGGCUGCAGCUCACACUAAGAGCCCUGGAAGAUGAAAAGAAAAAGACAGACACGUUACUGUAUUCGGUCCUUCCUCCAUCCGUUGCCAAUGAGCUGAGACAUAAGCGUCCAGUGCCUGCCAAAAGAUAUGACAAUGUGACCAUCCUCUUCAGUGGCAUUGUGGGCUUCAACACGUUCUGUAGCAAGCAUGCAUCAGGAGAAGGGGCCAUGAAGAUUGUCAACCUUCUCAAUGACCUCUACACCAGAUUUGACACACUGACCGAUUCACGGAAAAAUCCAUUUGUCUACAAGGUGGAGACCGUUGGUGAUAAGUAUAUGACAGUUAGUGGUUUACCAGAGCCUUGCAUCCACCAUGCACGAUCCAUUUGCCACCUGGCCUUGGACAUGAUGGAAAUCGCUGGCCAAGUUCAAGUAGAUGGUGAAUCUGUUCAGAUAACCAUAGGGAUACACACUGGAGAGGUCGUGACGGGUGUCAUAGGGCAGAGGAUGCCUCGAUACUGCCUUUUUGGGAAUACCGUUAACCUCACAAGCAGAACAGAAACCACUGGAGAGAAGGGGAAAAUAAAUGUGUCCGAAUAUACAUACAGAUGUCUUAUGACACCAGAAAAUUCAGACCCACAAUUCCAUUUGGAGCACAGAGGGCCAGUGUCCAUGAAGGGCAAAAAAGAACCAAUGCAAGUUUGGUUUCUCUCCAGAAAAAGUACAGAAACAGAGGAAACAAAGCAGGACGAUAACUGAGCCUUGCAUCGUGGGAGGAAGAAGACUGAAGAUUAGGUUCCGUUUGUCCCCUAACACGUGCCGAGCCUGGUAGCAGUUACUCCUGAUGAAUACGUGUUUUGCACUGUCCUUCUCUAUUAUUUUGACCAUUUCUCCUCGGUAUAUCUCUCACUAUUCAUUAUUCAACUUUAGCUCAGCUUUUGAUUAUGUUAUUUAAGGUUUUAGCGUAUUUUCUUAGUAUAUCUAAAGCCUAGCUUUAGAUGUGGAUGACGUGAGCUUCAUGUGUCUGAAAGUCUACUACAAGCUUUACCUAACAUGGUGGCUUGUGAGUUCUAGGCACCCACUCAAUACUUGCUGCAUUUAAUUAAAUGCAACUGAACAGUAUUUGCCCAUAUGUAUACAUAGCAUGGAGCCCUGGUGGCACAGUGAUUAAGCGUUUGGCUGCUAACCAAAAGGUCAGCAGUUCAAAUCCACCAGCUGCUCCUUGGAAACCCUAUGGGGCAGUUCUGCUGUGUCCUAUAGGGUUGCUAUGAGUCAGAAUUGACUCGACGGCUACGGGUUUAGUUUUUUUGGUUUAUUCAUAGCAUGGUUUACUGUAUCUGCUUAGUGCUCCAUAUAUACGUGUGUGUAUAUAUAUAUAUUUUAAUGACUAUAGCAUAUAACAAAGUUUAUGUAGUGUUGGUGUAUAUCGCUAUAGAUAUCAUUUUCUAAAGGAGUGAAUUAUAAGUUUUAGAGAAAAUGCAAUUUAUUUUCAGGCUUCCAGAGUAAAAAUUAAUAGACCAUGCUAAGAAAAUAGUGACCAUUGUGAAAUUUGCUAAUUUCCUUUCAGAAAUAUAGAGUACACAUUUCUAUUAUUAAAGUAUUGGAUGGCUAAUUCAAAUCCUGUGGCAAUUACAAUUCCUAAAAAAUGCUGACGUUUGCAUUGCAUCCCUCUUACUGAUCUUGUUAACCACAGAAAGCUGCACUGUCUUACGCUGGCUUGGGCUAAGUGUUAGGGGCUCUAACCAAAUCCAGGAACCAAGCUGGAAAAACACUCCUGAGAUUUUACUGUUAGAGAGCCUUUCUUGGCCCUUUAUUCCCAGAAAUGAGCUUCUUUUUUCUUAGCUUAAAAGAAUGUGAUUAAAUCCAGGGAGUCAUGUUCGUAAAAGUUAGUUUAAUUUCAACAUGGAAUGAAUUCUUAUUGGAAUAAUUGGCCUGUUUUUCUUAAAUGUCUCUGAUAAUUUAUUAAUAUCUAUCUUUAUAAAAUAUAGUGCGGCUACGUUGGUGUAAAAAUGUUUGUCUUUAAAUUUACUAUUUCAUAUCAGCACAUCAAUAUGUGUAUAAAUGUUCCAUGUUAAUGUGUAAAAGAGUCUGCAAUAAAUUAUUUUUUCCACUUGUCUUCAGAUAGUUUUUAUUUCAAGAAAAUGAUUCUUAUAUUAUUAUUUCUCAUUUUAUUAAUGCCAUUUUUAUAAAAAUGUUUUAUAAUUUUACCUAUUAUAGAUGUUAAAUUGCUGUUUCAUUCACUACUGUUAUGAAUUUUUACUAGAUUAUUUUAAGUAGGCAUAGUCUUAAAUGCUUAUUUACUGUAUUUUUACCCAAAUAGCGCACACCUUCUAGAUUUGUUUGCCAUCUGCUCCCUUCCCUCAUGAGGUAAUUUCCUAAGUGCACUGUGCUAUUUUUUUUGACAGCAAUAUGUAAAAAAAUCGGCAUAGCAGCACUUCUAAAAAUACCUCAAGGAGAGGAAGGAGCAGUUGGCAAACAAAUGUAGGUGUGCGACAUUUGCAUAAAAAUACAGUAGUACCAACAAAGUAACAUUAACAAGACUAGAUAUAGGGAGGAUACACAGAUGAAUAUGAAGUGGAACCAGCUCGUAAAGUGCCCACAGUCUUUUAGGGAUCACAGACGUAUAUGCAUGUAAUUAAAACAUGUAAUAGUCAUAAUGAUAAAAUAUAUUCAAGAUACAAAUAGAAUAUUUAGUGAAUGAGUAACUUGGGAGGAUAAGGCCAGAGUGGCAAUGGGGGAUGUUGAGAAACCAGCUGAGUUUUAUGAUGGUGUAGUUUAAAGAUGAAUGAAUGCAAUGGAAACAUGGAUCUGCAUUUUUUCUAGCAGCCUACACUCAGUGUCUCUAGUUUCUCUCCUCCUGUUUAAUCCUCAGUGCACAGCAUUGUAUUCUGCGCAAUGAGUUUGCAUUGCAUAAACUCAUCGAUACUUUCCUAAUUAUGCAGUGAACAGUACUCAGUCUUCAGGAUAUAUGAUCUCUGCUGCAUUGGCACUUUUUUUCUUUUUGAGUAAUUAUUUUUAUUGUUUUUAUGAAAUUAUUUCCCCCAAAGUUUUAAUGAAAAUUAAAAUAUAAAGAAAAGUUAAAAGAAUUGUACAGUUAUGUCAGUAAGGGAGGAACAAAUCAGAAAAGGAGGGUGAGAAUGGCAGGACAUUUUGAAGAAUAAUCAAUGUGAUUGAACUGUACGUGGAAUAGUUGCUGAAUUGGUGUACCAUAUUUUUAUGCAGAUAACAUGUGCUUUCUGUGUUUGUUUGCCAGCUGCUCCUUCCUUCCCCCUGGAAGGUAUUUCCAUAAGCGCUGCUAUGUCUAUUUUUUUUUUUACAUGUUGUAGUAAAAAAGAAAAAAAAAUUCGCGUAGGGUGCUUACAAAAAUACCUUCUGCAGGAGGGAGCUAUUGGCAAACAAACGUAGAAGGAACGCCUUACUUGCAUAAAAAUACAGUAUGCUUUGCUGUGUAUACUUCAAUAACAAUAAAAAAAGUUGUACAGUAUACAAUCAUACAUAUACCCACCACCUAGAUUAUACCUUUCUUAACAAUCUUCUACCUUUCUGACAAUUUCCUCUUAAUCCCUCUUCUAGUUUUCUGUAAUCUGCUGGCUUGAAAAAAAAAAAAAAAAUU